CCGCGAUGCCAUGCUCGGCGUAACACAAAAACAUGGUGGAACUUCGAGGCCGAAACCUAGAACCCGAAAACGUACGAAGCAGCGCCGCGCGCACACAGCGUGUGCACGCCGCUUCGCACUCGCUCGUGCAUUUCAGUAACCGACCGUAUGUUGUCGGGAGAGCGUGUUCCGCUGGCAGUAUGCGUCGCGCGGAUUGAUCACAUAAACACGCAUCAACCACACUCACUCCCUCGGCUCCGUGUGGUGUCUGCAUUUGAAUUCGGUUGUAUGCAGAGACUUUCUGGUCGUGUUUGCAGCCGGUCGAAACGUGCCCGCAUCGCGCCGUCUGCGCACGGAUUUCCAUCUGGAGCGCCGCUUUCGUCACGUUGGCGACAGUGACCGAUUUAUUCUCGAGGAUUUUUAUCGCAGUGCAUUAAUGAAAAACAUCGGGAGCGCUUGAAAACUUGGACUAUCAUUCGCUCUACCAGUAAGCAACACACUGGGCAGGAUAGGAAAUAAAUAUAAUGCGUCCCACAGACGCAGGCAUGCACAGAGACAUAAGUUGCGGCACGCAGCGACAAAUGAACUUUGAAGUAUCAGUGUAAUGUGCCGUAGAUGUGCGUCGCGUUAACCUCAAUCUUUUUCUGUUGAUUCAACGCGGCAACGCUCGAUAGCUGCGAGCGUUGAAAAACUUAUUUUCAAAAAUUUCCCACUGUUUAUUUUUACCAGCAAGUCAGUGACAACGCACAGUUAACAACAAACACUAAAACAAAGAAAUCUAAUUAACAAAUGCACACAAAUGCAAUGCGUGUUGUAUCUUUCCGCAUAAUUCGAAAUUUAAACACCAGCCGUUGAGCAGUAACGGUUCGUGCGUGCGCGCUGUAUAUGUGCAUGUGUCAGUGUGUGCGAAGGAACAGCAAGAAACAGAAACAAAGUUUCGUUAUUAUCGUCAUUGCUGAAUCAACUGUUUGCUGCGCGCGUGCUGCCCAAAAAUCGAGAUUACGAUGAUAGUUUUCCGUCAGCUGUGCAAUUCGUACAAACAGGAUAUCACCAUUGUGGUUUAAAUUAAUCGCCGGGAUUACGCGCAGCGAAGGAAAGAUGCGCGUCCACAAGAAGACCAAAGAGAGCGGUUUCUUCGAAGUCGAUUCGGACACCGACAUGGGCAAGGCAAUCAAAAGGACCAAAGUUUGUGAUAAGAUCGAGUACACGCCGGAGGAGCUCGAAACCCAUAUUCGGCCGACAUGCAAUUCAGAAAGAGUAAACCUUUCCGGUGCAGAAAGGGUCGACAUGUCUCAGUUCGACCUUCUCAAAGUACUAGGAACUGGCGCUUAUGGCAAAGUUUUCCUCGUGCGGAAACGCGGCGGCUCCGACAACGGUCGCCUCUACGCAAUGAAAGUCCUCAAAAAGGCUACCAUCGUGCAGAAGAAGAAGACGACCGAACACACCAAGACUGAGCGGCAGGUCCUCGAAGCCGUCCGUGAUAAUCCUUUCCUAGUUACCUUGCACUAUGCCUUCCAGACUGAUGCCAAACUUCAUUUAAUUUUAGAUUACGUAGCUGGAGGUGAACUAUUUACACACUUGUACCAAAGAGAGCAUUUCAAAGAGCACGAAGUGCGCAUCUACAUCGGCGAAAUUAUUUUGGCCCUCGAGCAUUUACACUCGUUGGGCAUUAUCUACAGGGAUAUUAAAUUAGAGAACAUACUAGUGGACGACUCCGGACACAUUGUGCUGACCGAUUUCGGACUGAGCAAGGAGUUGCCACGCGACUGCGAUGCAGCUGACCAAAGAGCGUAUUCCUUCUGCGGCACCAUCGAGUACAUGGCACCAGAAGUCGUCAAGGGUGGCACUCAAGGGCACGAUAUUGCUGUAGACUGGUGGUCUGUCGGUGUACUGACGUAUGAACUAUUGACUGGAGCUUCGCCGUUUACUGUCGAAGGCGAGCGAAAUACUCAACAAGAAAUAUCCAGGAGGAUAUUAAAGACAACACCUCCAAUUCCAGAUUCAUUGGGCAAACACGCAGCCGAUUUUAUCAGUAAACUCCUAGUCAAGGAUCCAAGAAAACGACUCGGUGGUGGCGAAGGUGAUGCCAAAGAAUUAAAGCGACACAGCUUCUUUAAAGGACUGGACUGGGAUGCCUUAGCACGUAAAGAGAUUCCUGCGCCGUUUGUGCCUGUAAUUAAGACGGAAUUAGAUGUAUCUAACUUCAGCGAGGAAUUCACUGCUUUGCCGGCAACUGACUCACCGGCAGUUAUUCCGGCUAAUUUUGAUAAGAUUUUUAAAGGAUACUCAUAUGUUGCUCCAUCAGUCCUCUUCUCAAAGAACGUGGUGUCCGAUGAUCUUCUACGUGCAACACCCCACGUGGAAGACAAGUCUAAGUUGAUGCAGUGUCAAUUGAACAAUUCGCCCUUUUUCAAGUCUUACGAUUUGGACUUAGAGGAGCAGAUUCUUGGGGAUGGCUCAUUCAGCGUGUGCAGAAGGUGCGUCCAAAAGAGUACUGGCAAAGAAUUUGCUGUAAAAAUAGUGAGCAGGAAAACAGACUGCACACAAGAAAUAAAUCUUUUGCGUGCUUGUCAAGGACAUCCUAAUAUAGUCAAUUUGCAUGAGGUUAUUAUCGAUGAAGGCCAUACGUAUUUGAUAUGCGAGCUUCUCAAAGGAGGUGAAUUGCUGGAUCGCAUCAGAAAGAAAUCGCAAUUCACGGAGAAGGAGGCGGCAAAUUUACUAAAGAAACUGGUCUCAGUCAUAGGUUUUAUGCAUUCAAGGCGAGUCGUGCAUAGAGAUUUGAAACCAGAAAACUUGUUGUUUACUUCAGAUGACGAUGAUGCCGAAAUUAAAGUCGUGGACUUUGGUUUCGCACGGUUGAAGCCAGAGCGUGAGCCGCUGCACACGCCUUGCUACACUUUGUAUUAUGCCGCUCCUGAGGUCCUUGAAGGCGACCCAUGCGGUUAUGACGAAAACUGUGAUAUGUGGAGCAUUGGCGUAAUUUUAUACACUAUGCUCUGCGGGCGUGCCCCUUUCCAUGCACGCUCGCGCGAUGAUAGUGCUGCCUCAGUUAUGGCGCGCAUCAAAGGUGGUGAAUUUAGUUUUGCAUCACCGGCAUGGGAUGACGUCUCUGAAGAAGCCAAAGCGGUUGUGCGCGGACUACUCACCGUCGAUCGGAAGAAACGCCUUCGCAUGAUCGACCUGAAUAAUAACGCCUGGGUACAAGGCACACAAAUGGUUCCACAAACGCCACUGAUGACACCAGACGUGCUUAGUACAAGUGGUUCAGCCGAGAAGAAUUUGCAAACCACUUUCAACGCGUUCCACAAAGCCGAGCGGGAAGGUUUCCGGUUACAGGACGUAUGCAGCGCCAAACUCGCACAACGCCGAAGAAACAAGAAGAGUUCCUCCGAUAAUAAUUCAUCGUCUAGUAGUUUCAGCAGCGAGGGUUCCUCGAAGUCCGGACCAACGACUCCUGUUACUUCUAGGCCCGCUUUAAGUUUGGACAUGAAAAAAGUUGAAGGUGGUUUAUUGCCAAAGGUCAGUUCAGCCUCAUCAGACAAGAAGGAAAACGUGUUUUGUUUUGGCAAUUAUCGUGUUAAGGAGUAUCUGCGAACAAUGAGUUCAUCGCCAGUAGAUCCGAACAAUUUAUCUCCUUCCAUUUCAUUGUCAAGCAGCACCACCGAAAGGACAGUUAGUAAUUUAGAUCAACAUGUGCGCGAAUCUACGAGCAGUAGUGGUAUUGUAGUGAGUGAUAAAAAUUCGAUUGAUACUAACGAUGGUAUCCCAAAACGUAAAAAACAGAGCCUUAAAAAAUAUGAAAAGACCAGACAGAGUGAACGUAUACGACGACAGAAUCGCAAAGAAAUUGAUAUGGAUCCUUUAGUGUUUAUGUCAUUACCAUACUAUAAUAGAAAACGCAAGAUGCACGACGAUGUUGAAAUACAAGUCAUUGAUCAUUCAACUGUGCAGCCUACUGCAUCAACGAGUUCUUUUGAGGAUGAACUAAGCGGUUGUUCGCAGGCAAAGAUUAGUAAACUAGUUGAUAAUACAGCUAGCAAUACAGCAAACUUAAUAAUCAGAAAGGCUCGUCGGCGUUAUAGGAAAAUGUAACAUAUUUAUACAUAGGUUUUAAAACAAUUUCCAUUAUUUUUCAUAAUGUAUCGAAUAGUAAAUAUUUUCAUAGUUAACAAUUAGUUAGGAAAUAAUUUGUUGUUUUGUUUUUAUUUUAAUUAUAAUUGGUAGAUAUAAGUGAGGAAAGAACUAAUGACCAAGAAGCGAAUCUCUUUACGUCAAACUGGAACUUGGUAAAAUUAAUGAAUCAUCCGAAUAAUUUGACGGAAUUGCUAUCAUAGAAUAUUUGUGUACUGGAUGUACUUGCCUUAAAUUGUUGGAAGAUUAGAAAUCAGUUAAAUAACACAGAAAAAUAAUAUAAAAAGAAAAAUACAAAUUUGUGAUGUUUAUGGAAUUGGUUUGCUGUCGAAAAGUUGUAUCUUCUGUAAAAUUGAAUUAUCUUUGUCUUCUGAUUAGCUACAUGAACUAAUUAGAAUACAAAACGAGCUGCCACUACAUUUCUGAUGAAAUGGAACCAUUUCAUAGUUUACUUACGAAUAUAAUUUAUAACGGACUUGUUAAGUUUAACUCAUUAAUUGUGGAUUUACACAAACCCAUGAACAUAAUCAUUAUUACUAAGUAAACCCAUGAAUGUUAAAAUAUUAAUAUUUUAAACAGAUGAUAAUGAUGGGCCUGGAUGAUUAAAUAGAUAUGUAUAUUUAAAUCAUAAUUAUGUAAUAGUAUUGUAGGCUAAUGAAAUUGCUAUGCUAUAUUGAACUUUAUUCAAGUGAUUGUGAUACAUUUAAAACCUAACAAAUCACUACUACACAAUAAUGUUAAAUGCUAAACAUGGAUAAAAUUGUUAUAAACGUAUAGAAAAUAUUUUUAACAAUGAUUCGGAUAAAUACCAAAUUUAAGAAAGCACUAAUUCUUUGUUAAAUCAAAGGUCGAAGGUGAAUCCAUUGGAACAAGUUGUAAAGUUAUAAAUGCGUAUAUAUUUAAGAAAUGGUUACCGAGUUCCAUUCAUUAGCAUAAUAAGAUAAACUAACAUGAUGAUAUAUGUAGACAAUUUUCAUUUCCUUAACUACCUAAGUUAAACUUCUGUUCUUUAUUAAAUUAUUUAGUUCUGUAUGUCAGAAUGUUAAAACACUGAAUUCUAGUGUGUACUCUUUGUUUGUGUAGUAUCUAAUUAUUACGCUUAGAAUCAUUGCAAAUUUUAGUUCACUUACUUUGGUAUUUGAUCUUAAAGUUAAAUUUUAAAACAUACUACAAACAAUUCUAAUGUUAUGUUGCGAAUCUAGUUAAUUAGAAUGAAGUGACAAUUCGUUGGUUUCUGGGAAUUGUUAUCAAAACUGAAUGAACCAAAAUUAAACCUAAUUAAAAUCAUCUUGUAUUAAUAUUUGUUAUUAGUUUAAAGGUACUGAAAAACCAUGAGACAAACUAAUUUAGUCAAAAUAAAAUGUAAAGAAAACCAGAGAGAACAAUACACAAAAAUAAUGCAUUUAUAUGUAUGAACAGCAACAUUUCUAUGUACAUUAUUAAAAUUUAACAUGACAACAAUAUUUUUGAACAGAGCAAAAAUGUAAAACAAGUGCACUUCAAGCAAGUCAUGAGGAAUAAACUUACUUAUAUACGAAA